AUGACAGCCUGCACCAAACUUCGUGCCAGCCGCCAACAGCCGUUGGGCUUCACAGUCAUUGGUGUGGACAUUCAGCAGGACUUCCCGUGCAGGGCAUUCAGCAGUGUCACUGGUCUCCACCCAACACCAGCAGCACCUCCCCUUGUAUCUCCGGAGAUGCUACAUGCUCCCUUGGUGGUGGAGGCGAUGGUGGUCACCCCACGCUGGGUGAAGGCCACCGGCUGUGCUCUCAGCUGCUGCCAGAGCCGCCUUCACAAGGGGCACAAAGCCCGCAUCGGAGCUGCCAUGAGAACAGAGCCCACCCAUGCAGCAGGAAACACCACGCUGGGGUCCUCUGAGACCUGCCACACACCCUAUGAGGAGAGCAGAGUGGUCCUGAUGGUGGUGUACAGCGCAGUGUGCAUGCUGGGCCUGCCAGCCAACUGCCUCACGGCAUGGUUGACACUGCUGCAGGUGCUGCAGAGAAACGUGCUAGCAGUCUACCUGUUCUGCCUGUCACUCUGCGAGCUGCUCUAUAUUAGCACGCUGCCGCUUUGGAUCAUCUACAUCCGGAACCAGCACAACUGGAGCUUGGGUCCGCAGGCCUGCAAAGUGACGGCUUACAUCUUCUUCUGCAACAUCUAUAUCAGCAUCCUCUUGCUGUGCUGCAUUUCCUGCGACCGCUACCUGGCAGUGGUCUAUGCACUGGAGAGCCGAGGCCACCGCCACCAGAAGACGGCCAUCUUCAUUUCUGCCGGCGUGUUUGCUCUUGUUGGACUGGUGAACUACCCGGUGUUUAACUUACCGAUGGAGAAGAGCUCCUGCUUUGAGCCCCUGAGGGUGAACGCUACCAUAGCCACCUACCACUACCUGCGGUUUACCUUUGGCUUUGCCGUCCCUCUUGUCACUCUAGCGUUCACCAACUACCGAGUUUUCAGGAGCAUCAAGCUGAGCACGAGCCUGAGCGCGGCCCAGAAGGCUAAGGUGAAGUACGUCGCCAUCGCGGUCGUCACCAUCUUCCUGGUCUGCUUUGCCCCCUACCACCUGGUGCUCCUCGUCAAGGCUGUCAGCUUUUCCUUCUUCAGAGGAGCCAUGGAUGCUGUGUGUGCCUUUGAAGGCAGACUGUACACCGUCUCCGUGGUGUUCCUGUGCCUGUCCACAGUUAAUAGUGUGGCCGACCCCAUCAUCUAUGUGCUAACGACAGACCAUUCUCGACAAGAAGUGUCCAGAAUCCACACGGGGUGGAAAAAGUGGUCCACAAAGACGGAGGUUAUAUACUUAAAGGACUCAGAGGAGACACGCUCACCCACAGCGCUUGCACACACCUACACCUUCCCCAAGCCUGUGCAUCCUCCAGGGUCACAGCCGGCUGAGCCGGGUUUACAGUGCUCCCCAGAAAGACUGCCUGAGGAAUUCUGCUAAGCCCAUUAUGCCUCAGGGGAGGAUGCUAAGCCUCGAAACCAGCACCAGUCACAUAUUCCUGGUCCUUUGAGCCACCAUCUGGAGUGUCCACCACAUGGUAGAUGCCUUUCUGGAAGAUACACUGCUGAUCUUUCCUUCCUAAGGCCACUCAACUCUGUAGAUAUCUACUCCUUGGAUGUCCAGAACCUCCAGGCUCUCCUAUGUGGAAAGCAGCCGUGUUUUGAGAGCACCUUAGGCUGCCAGGGACUCAGGCAGGAUGUGGCUGGAAGGAGAGCCAUCGGCAGGGCACUUUGCAGAGCACUGGAUGACGACUUUAUUUCCUAUGCUUUCCUGCAUUGUCCAGUGGCUACUGCAGUAUAUAUUGGGGCUUUCCACAGAGGUAGACAUGACCUGCAUCUAAGGUUAUCAAUAUGCUGCCUAGGGGCUGUGACACAGCCAAAGAGCCAUGGGGGAUAGGAGUCCAACCCCGAGGACUCCCAGUGGGGCUUGUUCUGCGUAGACAUAAUUGUCUUCUAGGGGAGCCAUGGGGCAUGGUGGCCAGUUGCUCCAGCUCCUGGUAGCCCCAUAUAUCCUCCCUAGGGAACCCUCUACCAUUUACUUUAGGAAAUGCUAGUGGACACCCCAGAAAGAGGUUGGCAUAGCUGCUAGCAAAUAAGGGGGCAUCUGGCAUCUGGCAUCUGGCAUGCCUUUCUGUGCCUUGCGACUUCUGGCCUUGGCGUCGCAGGGGAAGUAGGCUGGGACUCCAGAAAGGGCAAGUCAGGAGCAAGCCUCUCUGCCCCGUUUUCUCCAGCGUUGGAUCAGAGACAAAGACCUCAGGGCUCUGAGUCAAAUCCCAGCUACUCCUUAAGAGCCUUGUCUCAGCCCAGUCAUACGCAUACUUUUGUUAGCUACCUCACCGGGUCACUCACCAUUGGGGCUGACCACCCUCUUCCCCAAGAGACUCCCAACAUACUUGGAGUACAAGGGCUAUAGGCAGCGAGCUUAGCGGGCUUUGGAGCCGAUGCCGCUGAAGCGCGCACGCCCCACAGGGGUUGUUCAG